GAGAGAAUAUGCGUCAGAUGGCGCUUGCAGUACGCCGAAAGUGAUAUUCGUUGACAGUGGACUUUAAUUUUGAAACCGGAAACGAGUUCCCAGCGAUGCUGUUGAGUUGUGGUAGUGUACAGUAUUGAAAGUCAUACUCAGAAGAUUGAAUUAGAGUUCAGUAUCACUAUGUCUGGCGACAUCUCGGAUGACAAAAAGGAUGAAGAAAAGGUCUACGGCGGGUGCGAGGGCCCCGAUGCAAUGUAUGUCAAACUGAUAUCAUCGGAUGGCCACGAAUUUAUAGUCAAACGAGAACAUGCCCUGACGUCGGGAACUAUUAAAGCUAUGCUCAGCGGACCUGGACAGUUCGCUGAAAAUGAAACCAAUGAAGUUAAUUUUAGAGAAAUCCCCUCUCAUGUUCUGCAGAAGGUGUGUAUGUACUUUACGUACAAAGUACGUUACACGAACAGCUCAACGGAGAUACCAGAAUUCCCUAUUGCACCUGAGAUUGCUCUAGAGUUGUUGAUGGCUGCUAACUUCCUUGAUUGUUAAUUUUUGCUUUCAUCAUAUUACAUUGUGUGAUGUUGGUUACUCUUUGGUAGUUCAUUAAUACCCAGUGAUACUGUUAGAUGAAACCUAUGUUCCAAAUUAUGAUUCAGUGAGAAUGAAACUUAGUACAUCCUUGUUGUUUAAUAGGUAGUAUGUAACUUAAAAACAAAUUUGUUAGUUGCCAAGUGAAGAGGUGAUUGUUUAGGAGCAGAUCAUGUUCAGAUGUAACUUUCAUCUUUGUGGCUUUGUGUUUUGGCUACCAAGUGAAUUAAUAAGUUAAGUUUUCUGCUCCAGGAAAUAGUCAGCUUUAAUUUUGUGCAUACCAGAGCAGAUUUUUGUGUACUGUCAGAAGGUCCCUCUAAGAGAAGCCAGAUUUUAUAGUGUUCAGGUGUUUUGUUAAUACUGUCUUGGCAAUCCCAUUUUUCAGUGAAGUGGAACAUUCAUUUUAUCUAGAUAAAUAUUUAUGCUAAAUGUGUAGAAUUUUUUCCUCCCAUUUUUGUACUGUGAUACUGAAAGUGGUGCUGCAGAUUAUACAGUAUAGAGCCACAUAAGUCACAACUAACUGUAAGAACAAAUUAGUUCAUUUACAGCCAUAAACUAGUGCAGUAUUUAUGGUAUUUAACAGAUACAGGUGAAUAUAAUAGUCACCUUAUUGUUUGAAUUUAAACAUUUCAGGCCAAAAUCCUUCAGCUAAUUUCAGUACCAAGAAAAUGAGACCUCACAAGAGGUUCUUUUGUGUUUAUAAAAAUGAACUUUGUAAGUUACUACUGUUAGUAAGUGGAAUUCACUUUUUCCAGCAGCAUCUUUUGACUUCUAGAUUUGCAUUGUAACUCAAGGAACAGCUCAUAAAUUCCUUCCACACUAUAUCAAUUUCUGAGAGACUGCUUGAACCUGCACUGAGCUAUUACUUAAGAACAAAGAGUAAUUGGAAAAAAAUCAUGUUCCAUGUACUAAUCAUGGCACUGCUGUUUAGUUUCCAUAUCAUUAAGUGAUCAUUUGCAUGUACAAAAUAUAAACUUCUGUAAAUGAUCUGUUGAAUUUUAUACUUCUUGUCAUGGCAUUUAAGUUAUUUUUGUUAUUAUUUUAAGGAACUUAAAGACUGUAUCUUUUAAAUUGAUUAAAUCUGUGAAGCUUCUUUAAUGCAUCUGUUACAAA